GUGGGAGAAUGGCCCGGUUCCCGGCGGCGGAGUUCGCGUUGGCAAGAUAGGCUGGGGCCGGACCCAAGCGGUUCUGGCCGGCAGGUCCCUCGGGACGUCCCGCUGCUUGGGUCUGGGGCACUGACCGGCGGCCGCUGUGGGAGCGAUUUGAGGCUUCUGCAACUUCUUCCAGGGAGGAGGAGGUCCAGUGUAGCUGCUGUUGCGCCUCAAGAUCUUGAUUCACAUCUACAGAUUAGAAUAUUGGUGUACCAGCCAUCCUCAGACACCUCACUAAGGACAGAUGAGGAAACUGAGGCUUGGUGAAGUUACGAAACUUGUCCAAAGUCACACAGCUUGUAAAGGGCACAGCCAAGAUUCAGAGCCAGGUUGUAAAAAUUAAAAUGAACAAACUGCGGCAGAGUUUUAGGAGAAAGAAAGAUGUUUAUGUUCCAGAGGCUAGUCGUCCGCAUCAGUGGCAGACAGAUGAAGAAGGGGUUCGUACUGGAAAAUGUAGCUUCCCAGUUAAGUACCUUGGCCAUGUAGAAGUUGAUGAGUCAAGAGGAAUGCACAUCUGUGAAGAUGCUGUAAAAAGAUUGAAAGCUCAGGAAAGGAAGUUCUUCAAAGGCUUCUUUGGAAAAACUGGAAAAAAAGCAGUUAAGGCAGUCCUGUGGGUAUCAGCAGAUGGACUCAGAGUUGUGGAUGAAAAAACUAAGGACCUCAUAGUUGACCAGACAAUAGAAAAAGUUUCUUUCUGUGCCCCAGAUAGGAACUUUGAUAGAGCCUUCUCUUACAUAUGUCGUGAUGGCACUACUCGGCGCUGGAUCUGUCAUUGCUUCAUGGCUGUCAAGGACACGGGUGAAAGAUUGAGUCAUGCAGUAGGCUGUGCUUUUGCGGCCUGUUUAGAACGGAAGCAGAAACGGGAGAAGGAAUGUGGAGUGACUGCUACUUUUGAUGCCAGUCGGACCACUUUUACAAGAGAAGGAUCAUUCCGUGUCACAACAGCCACCGAGCAAGCAGAAAGAGAGGAGAUUAUGAAACAAAUCCAAGAUGCCAAGAAAGCUGAAACAGAUAAGACAGUUGUUGGUUCAUCAGUGGCUCCUGGCAACACUGCCCCAUCCCCGUCCUCUCCCACCUCUCCCACUUUGGAUGCCACUGCCUCUCUGGAGACGAACAAUCCUCAUGCCAUCCCACGCCGGCAUGCACCCAUUGAACAGCUUGCUCGCCAAGGCUCUUUCCGAGGAUUUCCUGCUCUUAGCCAGAAGAUGUCACCCUUUAAACGCCAACUGUCCCUGCGCAUCAAUGAGUUGCCUUCCACUAUGCAGAGGAAGACUGAUUUCCCCAUAAAAAAUGCAGUGCCAGAAGUAGAAGGAGAGGCAGAAAGUAUCAGCUCCCUGUGCUCACAGAUCACCAAUGCCUUCAGCACACCCUCUGAGGAUCCCUUCUCAUCUGCCCCAAUGACCAAACCAGUGACCGUGAUAGCACCGCAGUCUCCUGCCUUUCAAGUAUCACACAUUGGCCUGACUGACCCAGCUCCAGGGGGUCACCUGUCCACCCUGCAUGAAUUAACUCCAUCGAUGUUGUCUGCUCCCAUUGUAGCUAAUGGCACUGACUCAGCCUUCCAUGUGCUUGCUGCUAAGCCAGCCCAUACUGCUCUAGCACCCGUAGCAAUGCCUGUGCGUGAAACCAACCCUUGGGCCCAUGCCCCUGAUGCUGUUAACAAGGGAAUUGCAGCCACACAUUCGGGGACUGAGUGGGGUCAGUCUUCUGGUGCUGCAUCUCCAGGUCUCUUCCAGGCUGGUCACAGACGCACUCCCUCUGAGGCUGACCGCUGGUUAGAAGAGGUGUCCAAGAGUGUCCGGGCCCAGCAGCCCCAGGCCUCAUCUGUUCCUCUGCAGCCAGUUCUCCAGCCUCCUCCACCCACUGCCAUUACCCAACCAGCGCCGCCUUUCCAAGGGAAUGCAUUCCUUACCUCUCAGCCUGUGCCAGUGGGUGUGGUCCCACCUCUGCAGCCAGCCUUUGUCCCUACCCAGUCCUAUCCUGUGGCCAAUGGGCUGCCCUAUCCAGCCCCUAAUGUGCCUGUAGUGGGCAUCACUCCCUCCCAGAUGGUAGCCAAUGUGUUUGGCACUGCAGGCCACCCUCAGGCCAGCCAGCCCCAGGCCGCCCACCCCCAUCAGUCUCCCAGCCUGGUCAAGCAGCAGACAUUCCCUCAGUAUGAGACAGGCAGUGCUACUGCCAGUCCCUUCUUUAAGCCGCCUGCUCAGCACCUCAACGGUUCUGCAGCUUUCAAUGGUGUAGACGAUGGCAGGUUGGCCUCAGGAGAUAAGCACACAGAGGUUCCUGCAGGCACCUUCCCAGUGGAUCCUUUUGAAGCCCAGUGGGCUGCAUUAGAAAGCAAGUCCAAGCAGCGUACUAAUCCCUCUCCCACCAACCCUUUCUCCAGUGACUUACAGAAGACAUUUGAAAUUGAACUUUAGGCAGUCUCUAUGGCUUAUGUAUUUUGUCUGUACUUAGGCAAGGGCAAGGGCAGAGGUCAAAGGAGCAAGGGAACUUUGUGUUCCCAAUCAGUAUACUUUUCACUAAUCUCAAAGGUCCCAAGGAGCGUGUCCAGGCACAGAGUGCUAUGAGAGGUGAUUUUUUAAAAAAUCGGAAAAAACAUUCCUAGAGAAGAGUUGUCUUUGCAGUUAGGCUAAAGAAGUCAGAGAAAUGUUGCCCUCUGCCCCCUUCCUCCCUCGGCCUCUUACAAAUCUCUGGCAACAGAGAGGCAGAAGUAUCUGAACAGGAAUCUAUUCAAAGCACAUUUACUGGAAUAUAAAACACAACGGGAAGCAAAACAAUCUCCCUUUGUUUUACAGGCCAUUCACCUGGCGCCUCUCAAUACUGGCCUGUCUUAGAGAUCAAGAGCAUGGUGGCCUGUGCUUGGGCUGGGGACAAGAGGCAGGCUAUGCCACCAGAAUUCCCGGGAGGGCACAUCAGCAGCCCAACAGAGCUAUAUUUUAGGGGUAAAGUUGAGCUUCCACUUUGAGUAAGAAUAAAUAUUAUAAAUAUAUAUCAAAAAAAGCCAAAAUCUUUAUUUUUAUGCAUUUAGAAUAUUUUAAAUAGUUCUCAAUAUUAAAAACUUGUAUGAGUUGUAAGUAAUCUUGCCAAAGGUAAAAGGGUUAGCUGUAAGAAAUUGUACAUAAGAUUGAUUUAUCAGUGAUGCCUAUUGAGUUGGAGAGAGGAAAGGUUGGGAGUUGUAGAUGGGAUCCCUAGCUUAUUUGGUAUCAUUCAUUGUAAGUAGCACAUUGCAGCAACAAUCAUGCAUAUGACCAAUACAGUCACUAGGUUGUAGUUUUAAAGAAAAUGAAAGAGCAGUAUUGUCCUGGUUUUAAACCUGUGAUGAAAUUCUAUUGUCUUUAUUUUAAUAGAAUCCAUCUAAAUACACUCUAUAGAGAAUAUGAAUUUUCAUAUACUGCUGUUCAUGUUAAUCCUCUGUUUUAACACUAAGGUGACAAUGACACAAUCAUAUCCAUCGACGGGAGCACAGGUUACUGUGUUGGUUUGUCGUGUGGGUCUUGGUGGGUUUUAUUUUGUCCUUUAGGUUUUGUUCUCACAAGUUUUGUGGGGAUGGAGAUUCUAGUUUUAUUAGCUGUGUGUCCAUCUGUCUCCCCACUGUGGUGAGCAGAACAUCCUGUUGCCAGUUGCAGCCACUUGACCUCUGGCAACAACGGGAGAUCCCAUCUCAUUUUUACUUUUGAACGUUGGCCUUACAAUCAAAUGUAAGUUAUAUAUAUUUGUACUGAUGAGAAUUUAUAAUCUGCUUUAACAAAAAUAAAUGUUCGUGGUAGAAGCUUUUGCCCUUGGA